AAUUAUUUAAUAAAUAAAUAAUAUAAUAUUAAUUUUGUUUACUUUAUUGAAUUUAUUAGCUAUUAAUGAAUGUGAUAGUGAUGAUGAGUCUUACUCAGGCUCCGAAGUGGAUGAGUCGAUGGAUGUUUCUGAACUUCAGUUUCGCUCGGUAAGCACUAGACUAUCGAAACAUUUUCCAUGUGCAAGUCACACUUUAAAUCUGCUGGCUACAACGGAUUUUAACAAAAUUAUUAAUUCCUCAUCUUCUGAUGUAAAAGGUGUUCAUAAAAGAUCUUUUAACAGAUGCACACAACUUUGGAGUAAGUGCAAUAGGCCAAAAUCUGCAGAGAUUAUCAAUGCAGUUUUAAGCGCAAAUUUACUAACUCCGUGUAUAACUAGGUGGAACUCACUGUAUGAUUCUGUUAAGAAGUUGUUGGAGCACAAAACAAAUUUGCCGGAAUUGUGCUAUCGUUUAAAAAUUCCCACAAUUCUUUCUGAUGAGCUAGAAUACUUGGAGGAAUAUAUAAAACUAAUGGGGCCUGUAGCAGAAGCGGUGGAUUUCCUUCAGGGAGAAAAUACAAUGUACUUUGGUUACUUCGUGCCAGCUAUAGUAUCACUUAGAAUUAAACUUAUGCUUUUGACAAACUUCAAGUUUUUAGGCGAAGUAUCCGCUAAAAUGCAAGAGGCUUUACUCAAAAGAUUUGAAAAAUAUUUUUUGAUUCAGCCUGAUUCUUGGGAUGCUAUUAUUGCUGCUAUUUCUGUUCCGGAAAUAAAAUUAAGAUUUCUAAAAGCUCUUUUAGAAACUGCAACAACGCAAGCUGAAGAUGAUGUUAAGAAAAUUUUUAACAAUUAUGUCAUUAAAUAUGGCAAAGUACCCGAUGCUGAAACUCGCAUUUUACCACAGAAACCGAAAAGUUUAUUUCUAGAUUUUGGAGAAGAAAGCGAUGAUGUUAGUGUACAGAGUGUUUCGGGAAAUUAUCUACAAGAAACAAUAUUAUAUCUGGCCGAACGUGACACGACUACAAACUGUUUCAAAACUCACACUGCAAUUAAAAAUGUAUUCCUAAAAUAUAAUACCCCGUUGCCCUCGUCCGCCCCUGUAGAGCGAUUAUUUUCAUUCGCCGGAAUUGUAAAUCGUUCAAGAAGACAAAAACUCAGCGACGCAAAUUUUGAAAUGUUGGUGUUAAGAAAAGCUAACAGUGGAAACUAA